AUGACCACCCCAACCGAUGCACUGGCUGUCCUGCUUCAGUACACCAACGCAGAGAGGAUCUUCGUCAGCGGAUCACAAGCACCAUUGGUGAACAUGGAUCGACUCCGAGCCCCUGACUACUACUUCGUGGGCCGGUACCUUUAUGAUGGCACGGGCAAGCCCAUGGAGGCGUUUCCUGCCGGUGGUGGAGUCGUAUCACUGAGAUACAUCCAGGCUGACCGAACAAAAUCCAUCCCACCAUGGAUCGUCAGGAACGCGCCGUCAAUCCCAGGUACAUUUAGUGCGCAGAUGCGUGUCGUAGACAUCGUGGGCCGCAACUGUCUGCGUCAAGAUGCCAUCGACAUGCCCACACAAGCAAACGCGAUGAAAUCGCCCAUGGGACCCCUGGAGCAUCAUGGCUUGCAAGAGGGAGAUCCGAUCACGUUCAGGGCCCUUUACAUGCAGCAUGGCAGAGGCAAUUUCCCCAGAGUCGAAUAUAGGGACAAGUUCGGCGGCCGUUUUUGGAUCCCUAAAUGGGUCAACUUGCUCCUGGAAGAAAGAGCCAUGAGCGCGGACGUCCUCCGCAACCUCUCCAGAUCGACUCGUCCAGCGCAUAUCCCCGUGACGAAUACCAUCAAGCCCACCCCUCCAGUCGACACCUCCCGUCCCAGCUUCCCCACGCCAUUCAAGCACCACCGCAACCAAAGCCAGCCACGCGUCGGCCACCACGCCCUCCUCCCAACCCGGCCCUCGACGCCAGCGGGCCCCUCCGGACAGACUCCCCAGCAGCACCAGCAACAGCAGGGCCCAAUCAUGGCCCCAAUCUACGUCGCCGCCCGCAUGAUGGUCAGCAAAAACUUCCGCGGAUGCCGCUACGAGGACGUCCUCCUCGUCAAGACCCCCGACGGCCGCCGCGUCCUGGAAGUAAAGCCUCUGCCCGACAACUGGGCCUCCGACCCGCGCAACCCCUUCUGCGUGCCCGCUGCUCCCACCCCCCGCGGCCCCGAUCUUGCCGUGCCUGGCUCCGCUGCCGCUGCACCCGCUGCCCGCGCCUCCUCCGGCCCUCCAUCCGUCAUCUCCAGCGCAAACGCGGACCUCUCCCGCUACACCCACCACAUCCACACCAACCCCACCCCUACCAUACCCUCUGACCCCAGCUCCUCCUUCACCAGCUCCCACCCGGCCGCCCUCCUCGCGCGCUCCCCAACGCCGCACACACUCGUCGCCCCAGCAGUAGAAGCAUGGCGCGGCACAGGCCCCUUCGAGCACAUGGCCCCCGACACAGGUGAUUUCCCCGCCGGACUGCGCUACUGGGUAUGUAAUGGACCGGACGGCAAGGUGUACUUGCUCCCACUGGGGAUGCGAGACCAGUGGCAGCGGGAGAUGCCGGUGGAUGCGGCGCGCACGCUGCCGUUGGAGGUGGCGUGGCCGGCUGGGGUGCCGGUGCCGGAGGUGGAGAGGCGGCCGGCGAGUGUGACGCAGAGUGAGGUGUUGCUUGUGGAGGAGGAGGAGGAGGAGGAGGGAGGAGGAGGGGAGAUCAGGGGGUUGGGGCAUAGGCGGAUUAUGAGUCGGAAAUACACCGUCGUGAAAGUUGUAGUAAUAUCAUAA